AUGGCGUCAACUGAUGCCGCCGCUCCCAUUGACGCUUUUACUUCCCUCAUCAAUACCACUACUUUACUCGACUUGGCCCGCCGCUUCUCGGCAACCUACAGCAACCUCGCUCGCACCUCAACAGAGCAUUUCCUCGCUACUCCCGUCACUGCGCUGCCUACUGGAAAGGAAAAGGGCAAAUUCCUGAGCAUUGAUGUUGGCGGCACUAAUCUAAGAGUCGGAUUCGUGGAGCUGAUUGGAGAGCCAGAUGCCUCUACGGGGACUGAGCGUAGCCGGAGUAGUACCAUUGGGGACAAUGUCUUUGCUCGGAUCAACCGAAGUCAUGACAAAAACUGGCCAAUUGGAGAUCACCUGAAAAUGGACCAAGCCGAAGACCUCUUUGCCUGGAUAGGUGACUGCAUCGCCGAAGUUGUAAAAGGCGCUCUUGACGAACAGGAGAGCAGUGGCAGUCAAGUUAGCUCGCCCCUAGGCGAUGAGAUUCUGCUUGGUAUCACCUUUAGCUUUCCAAUGGCCCAGACUCGUCUAUCAGAGGCAACUCUGCUGCCAAUGGGCAAGGGCUUCGCUAUUACAUCAGACUUGAACUUGGGCAAGAUGCUCCUUGCAGGAUACGCCCGACACUGCGACAGUUCUCAGCAAAACAAGCCGCCAUUACCAAGGAUACGUGUCGCUGCCAUUACCAACGACACAGUAGCCACAUUUGCAUCCCUCGCCUACGCAGUCAAGGCUUCACCAAACAGUCGUGUAGCAAUGGGUCUGAUUGUCGGUACUGGAACUAACGCAACAGUACCAAUGAAGCUGGAAUGUUUACAUCCCGCUAAGAAGAGUGCCCUGGCCAACCCUGAUGCUGUCGAGACUGUAGUCAUCAACACUGAAUGGACAAUACGCGGCACCGACAAGCCCCUGAUCGAUCUCAACAUCAAAACACCCUGGGACAUGACACUCGACGCAAACAGCGACGCACCAGGUUUCCAACCCUUCGAGUACAUGACAUCAGGGCGCUACCUUGGUGAAAUCGUGCGCCUGAUAUUCACCGACGUAGUCUCCAAAGACACCAGCGCGCAAAUCCCACCCUCCCUCCAAACCAAAAACACCCUCCCCACCAGAUUCCUCUCAGAAGUCAUUGCGCGAAAGGGCGGCCGCAUCGUCCAACAAGAACUAGAAAGCAAAUAUCCCGACCCUAGUCCAUCCGACGACCCCUUCUGGACCGUCGACAGAGUAGAAAUGAUCCGCGACAUCGCCGAAGCUGUCCAACAACGCUCCUCCGCUCUCGUCGCCGCCGCAUGCGUCGGCCUCCUGAAUUGCGUCGGCGAAAUAUCUCUGGACGGCGCAAAAGCACCUAGCAACGGCACGCACAGUAGUACCAAGGGCAAGCGCGAGAUUGAAGAGCUGGUCAUUGCGUAUGCUGGUGGUACCAUCUCACAGUAUCCAAAGUGGCUGCAAACGUGUCAGCAGUGGAUCGAUAUUCUCGUUGAAGAGGGCUCAGCCGCAAAUUCGAGCAAGCAGGUUACGCUCAAGGAAGCCAAAGACGGGGGUAUUAUUGGGGCGGGUGUGUUGGCGGCUAUGACGGAUGAUAUGGCGUGA